AAAGGUUGGCUAAACUCACCCUGGAUGUUGCAAUGGCCCUCAUGCGACUGCGGCCCAUGUGUUUGACCUAUUUGUCGCCAAGAGGAAGAAUUUCUCUUAGUGUAAAUUGCAAUGUCAAGUACAGAGUUUCUGUGUCCCAAUCUCCCCCGCAUCUAGCCAUUAAUAAGAUAGUCGUAACGCAUAACCUCCCACUGACCAUCUCUACAUGCCGACCACCAUUCAAGACAUUAGUGUUUCCCACUUCUGUCAUCAACACUAUAUGCAUUCGUGCUAUUUCAACAAACCGGCACUUCUCGAGGGAAAGCCAGAACAGCCAGUCUUCCUUUAGUAAGACAAAAGUGUCAUCAUCCAUCCUGGAGGGUGAGACUCUUGCCAUGGGCAUGUGGUCACUAGGUCUUGGAGCUGUGGGGGCCGCCAUCGCCGGCUUAAUACUUGCAAACACUGACUUCCUGCUGACUAAACCGGCACCUGCUACUGUAGAGUAUCUUGGGAAUGCUGACCUCAAAACCAUCGACAGUGAUGAGAGGACGUUAAAAGCGAAAAUUCUCUGGGAGAGAUCUGGUGCAGUGAUCAUGGCUGUCCGGCGACCUGGAUGAUUUUUGUGCAGAGAGGAGGCCUCUGAGCUGUCCUCUCUGAAGCCCCAGCUGGAUAAGCUCGGGGUCCCUCUGUAUGCCGUUGUGAAGGAGAAUAUAGCUACGGAGAUUCAGGGCUUCAGGCCUCAGUUCGCAGGGGAAAUUUUCUUGGAUGAUAAGCAAGCAUUUUAUGGGCCACAACAGAGGAAGAUGGGUGGGCUUGGUUUCAUUCGCUUGGGAGUCUGGCAAAAUUUUAUAAGAGCCUGGAAGUCGGGUUACCAGGGCAACAUGAAUGGAGAAGGUUUCAUCCUGGGAGGGGUGUUUGUCAUCGGAUCUGGCGAACAGGGGGUUCUCCUAGAGCACAGAGAAAAGGAGUUUGGAGAUAAAGUCAGCUUAGAGUCUGUUUUGGAAGCCGCUAAAAAAAUUGUGGUAGAAGAGUAAAUGUUUGAUCAAAAUAGAGUUCUCCCUUGUCACAAUCCACCUCAUCUCACUUACCGUAAUGCUACUAAUGCUGUGAAUGGGGAAAAGCUCAGGUUAUGUAAAAUUGUUAGUACUGACUGGUACACUUUAAGAGCUAAGUGAAAUAACGUCACAGAGUUGCAUGUGGCCUCAUUUUAAUUCUGGUGCUUUAGAACUUACAAUUGAGAGUAAUGUUGUGUUAAGUAAUUUUUUUUUUUUGCACUUUAGAAAUAGUUUGUCAUGAACCAUUGUAUUGUUGUUUUUCACCUUACUGCGUUCCUUUUGGUUGCCUGCUGCCACAUGCCACGUGGUUUUUGGUGUUAUGUGUUUUAAUGAUAGUCUGACUCCAAACUCCAUGUUGAAAGAGCAGAUUUGAUGCCAACACAUGCCUAGAUACCCUCUGGUUUUUGGUCAGUGAUCAGCCAGAGGUUCAGCUGCGGGUGGACUGGACACAAUGAACAAUAAACAUGUCACCUCCAAAUA